UGUUCGUUUAGGAGAAUGUGCCACAGCUCAUAGCAGAAAAUGGCGAUUCUAGCACAGUUCCCCAGCUAAGGCAAGCAAGGGAGCAGACAGACAGACAGCGUUCACGUCACAAACUGGAUCAUGGUUUUAAGGUGGACCAGAAGAUGUAGCUGAGGACAACAGGCUGACAGAAGGCUGAAGACACUAGAGAAGGUUCUCAGGUGCUUCCUCCGGAGAGAGGGGGAGGGGUGGGGGGGGCGGGGGCUUGGUCCCUUGGAGCACCACCUCCAGAGCUUCACCAUGUCCAAGAAGUGGCCCGGGGGGGCCGGGGGGGCUGGGGGCCGAGGCAAGAUGGAGAGGGCCGAUACGUUGGCGGCCCUGCAGGCUGCCAAUGAAGAUCUGAGGGCCAAACUCACAGACAUCCAGAUAGAACUACAGCAGGAGAAAAGCAAGGUUAGUAAGCUGGAGAGAGAGAAGAGCCAUGAGGUGAGACAUGAGCAACACAAGUCUACAGUGGUGGUGACUGAGCUGAAGGCCAAGCUCCACGAGGAGAAGACUAAGGAGCUCCAGGGGCUCAGGGAGACGCUGCUACGGACCCACGAGCUGGAGCUGAUGAGGGUUAUCAAGAUCAAAGACGGAGAGAUCCAGAGACUACAGGCGCUGGUUAAUGCGCUGCGAGAUGGAUCCACAGACAAGGUGAAGACGGCUCUGUUUGCGGAGGCACGUGAGGAGGCCAGGCGUGGUUUUGAGGGGGACAGGAGCAGACUACAGCAGGAGAUCUAUGAGCUGAAGGGCAUGAAGAGACAGAUGGAGGAAGCUCUGAACUUGGCCGUCCAGGCAGACAAGACCAAGGCUGCUGAGAUACGGUCCGUCUAUCAUGUACACCAGGAGGAGAUCACCCGCAUCAAGAGGGAGUGUGAGAGGGAGAUACGCAGACUGAUGGAUGAGAUUAAGGUAAAAGACAGAGCAUGCUGUGUGCUGGGGAAGGAGCUGGGUGUUCAGGCUGGACACACUCAGAGGCUCCAGCUGCAGAAGGAGGCUGUGGAUGAGCAGCUAGCCCAGAUCAGAAGCAGAGAGGUUGGGGCAGGAGGACACCUCCACAGCCCCAAACGAGACGCUCCUUACCCCAGUGGUGCAGGAGACACCUCAGAGAGCCUCGAACAGCAGUUGGAUGAGAAGGACGUGCGACGCUUCCAACUGAAGAUCGCUGAGCUGAGUGCCGUCAUCCGCAAACUGGAGGACCGCAACGCCCUCUUGUCAGAGGAAAGAAAUGAACUGCUGAAGCGCCUAAGAGAGGCAGAGAGCCAGUUUAUGCCCCUGCUGGACAAGAACAAGAGGCUGAGCAGGAAGAAUGAGGAGCUGGCCCACGCAUUCAGACGCAUGGAGAACAAACUACGCUUCAUUACAGAGGAGAACAUGGAAAUGAGAGAGAAGGUAGCCACCAAAAGACGUCCCAGCUCUCUAAACGACCUUGAUCAGAGUCAGGAGGAGAGAGAGAUCGAGUUCCUCAGACUGCAGGUUCUGGAACAGCAGAAUAUUAUUGACGACCUGUCAAAGGCACUGGAGACAGCUGGAUACGUGAAGAGUGUGAUUGAAAGAGAUAUGCUGCUGAGGUACAGACGACAGGGCAGCAUAGGGAGGAAGAAGGCCAUCAGGCCGUGUAAACCGGUGGUAGAGACGUUCUUUGGUUACGAUGAAGAGGCUUCUAUAGACUCAGACGGUUCCUCCAUCUCCUUCCACACAGACAGGACACCGUGCACACCAGACGAUGACCUGGAGGAGGGUAUGAUCAGGGAGGAGACAGAGAUGAGGUUUCAUCAGUUGACCAUGGAGUACCAGGCUCUUCAGAGAGCCUAUGCACUUCUACAGGAGCAGGUGGGGGGCACGUUUGAUGCAGAGAAGGAAGUCAAGACAAGAGAACAGUUGCAAGCAGAGCUUAUUCUCUACCAAACCAGAAUACAGGACCUGGAGUGUGUUCUGUCCCAGCAAGGACAGGAUAUGAAGUGGAUCGAGGAGAAACAAGCCCUGUAUCAAAGAAAUCAAGAACUUAUAGAGAAGAUCAAGCACAUGGAAACAGAGGAGUCACGUUUAAAAAACGAAUUUCAGGACGCCAGAGACCAAAAUGAACUCCUGGAGUUCCGGAUCCUUGAACUUGAAGAGAGGGAGAGGAGAUCUCCAGGAAUCAACUUCCACGACAUCCACUUCUGUGAAGGCAUCAGUCCACUGCAGGUGUACUGUGAGGCCGAGGGAGUCACAGACAUCAUCAUCACAGAGCUAAUGAAAAAGCUAGAUAUACUGGGGGAUAAUGCCAACCUAUCCAAUGAGGAGCAGGUGGUGGCCAUUCACGCCAGGACCGUCUUAACGCUAGCAGAGAGGUGGCUUGAGAAUAUAGAGGUCACCAAAACAGCUUUAGCACAGAAAAGGAUGGACAUUGAAAGUGAGAAGCAUGUGUUCAGUAAACAGAAAGGCUAUCUGGAUGAGGAGUUGGACUACAGGAAACAGUCCGUGGCUGAGGCUCACAAGAGGAUCUUGGAGCUAGAGGCAAUGCUGUUUGAUACCCUGCAACAGGAUGCGGGGGCCAAGAUGUCAGAGAUGCUGUCGGACGACGAGAGGGAGACACUGCGUCGGGCGGUUGAGCAGUGGAAGAGAGGAGUCAUGAUGGAGCUCAGAGAGAGGGACUCACAGAUCCUCAGGGAGAGAAUGGACAUGCUACAGCACUCACAGCAGUUGACCAAUCAAACCCAACUAUAG